AUAGAUGACGGUAUAGAGAACAUUCUGUGGCAAAAACAUGUUGCCAUAGUUACAGUUAAUAUAUAUAUUCAGCAGGGACUGAAUAAACUCUUCUGAAACAUUGAUGGAGAAACGUUCCAUGUAGCGACAAACUCGCACACUAUUUCACAUCCGCUUUACACACACUUACACAUACUUAAGUUUGAAGCUCUGAACAAUGUGAAUAAUUCUAAGAAUAUGAAAGACCGACUCAGUCAGCAGUAUACAAUACCCUAUAUACAUUUUCAGUCAUUUCGUUGGGUCGUUGUAGAAGGCUACCUUCAUGCUUCGCUCAGAGUUCAUAACAUUGAAGAUGGAAAAGAAACGAAGCAUUUUCCGAUCGAGUAUAAUAAAGCUUUGUUAGUGAGCUUAUUGAUCUAUAGAGUUGUUUGA